AGAGAGAGAGAGAGAGAGAGAGGGAGAGAGAAAGUUCACACGAAGACUUUCCUAUGUAUGGCUUUAGCCUAAAAAGCAGUUUACAGCCCUGGUCCUAGUUUUUGUUUGCAGUAUUUUCACCUUUAGGACAUUCUAAACAAGAAAGUAAGCUACGCGAUGUUAAACACUGUUACGGAGCGCUACGGCGCGUUUUUAAACCAGAAGAACGUGGUGACCGAUUUCCUAACGGUUUUAGAGGAAAAGACCGGAGUUCAGAAACAGUACAUCGCCUCAGGUGUCGUGUCGGUUGUGGCGCUCUAUCUGGUAUUCGGAUAUGGUGCCUCUCUCCUAUGCAACUUGAUUGGUUUCGCGUAUCCAGCAUAUGCCUCCAUCAAAGCCAUAGAGAGCAACAAUAAGGAGGAUGACACUAAAUGGUUAACCUAUUGGGUGGUUUAUGGACUCUUCAGUGUGGCUGAAUUUUUCUCUGAUAUCUUCCUAUUUUGGUGUCCUUUCUACUAUGCAGGAAAGUGUGUGUUCCUGUUGUGGUGUAUGGUUCCAGUUUCAUGGAAUGGCUCUCAGAUCAUAUACACACGCCUGGUGCGACCUUUCUUCCUCAAACAUGAACGAGUGUUCGACAGUGUUGUCAGUGACUUGAGUGGCAAAGCCAAAAGCGCAGCGGAAGCUGUGGCAAAAGAGGGAUUUACGAUGCUGAACACUGAAAAGAACAAAUGAUUUGAGGGAGGGAACAGGAGAAUCGCUUUUAUCAGGAGCCCUCUGUUUACAUUUGCCUUUUUAUUUUGGUCUGGUAUUUUGUUCAAGUCACUAAAAUCACUAAAUUAUGAAUGUAAUUACUGCAUCUGAGCCAGGCAGCACAAUCACCGCAAGUUCUUGAAUUGCUCAAAUGGUCCUGUUUGAUUAACUUUCACACUUAUGUUUUGUAUUCCUCCUAUAAGUUAUUUUAGCACUUUGACCAAUGAUAGAAAUAUUUGAGUCACUGACUUUUAAUAAACCAAACUGGACUUCAAUCAAUAAAACUGGGAAGAAAAGUGCCUAAAUAUAAAAAUUCGUGCUUGAACUGUUUGUGAAUGGCUUGUCUUCAUAAUCUCGCGGUUUCUCGUCUAUUAGUUUCAUGCAUGACCAAGAUAGUAGGAUUUGAAAUCAAUUUUGUUACUUUAAGUCAGUGUUUUUGUCAUCAACCAUUUUGUCAUUUCAAACUUUUAUGACUUUCUUUCUUCCGCACAACACAAAAGAAGAUAUUUUGAAGAAAGUUGGUAGCCGAACAGCACUGGAUCCCAUUCACUUCUAUUGUAUGGACACAAAACCAAUGCAAGUAAAUGGGGGCCAGUUAACAACAUUCUUCAAAAUAUCUUCUUUUGUGUUCUGCGGAAGAAAGAAGGUCAUACAGGUUUGAAAUGACAAGAGGGAGAGUAAAUAAUGACAGAAUUUUUAUUUCGGGUGAACUAACACUUUAAGGUAGAAUUUCCCCCCCAAACCUUACAGAUAACCGACACACAAUUAAGUGCAAGUGUUAUAAAUGAAUACUCGUUUUCAUUCUGUUAAUCAAAGAUUUGACUAAAGUAGUUUGAAAAACAUUUAAAAGAAAUUUCCCUGCACUUUCCUAAGAGUUUGAAUUAUUGAAGUAUUGGGCGCAGACCUGUCGUGUGUGCAGAGUAUCUUCACAUGGCUUUGCAUAAACUCUUCAAUGACCGGCUAUGAAUAACUAUAUUAGCGCUAUAGUAAUAAAUAGAGUUAGCACUACAUGGCCCAGUUUCACAGACAAGGCUUAAGACUAGUCCCAGACUAAAAUGAAUGCGUGACCUGUCUUAACUGAAUAUAACUUGCACAGAAAUAUCUUAAACUAUAUCAGUGCCAUUGUUUUGUCUCGAGGUGCACAGCAGUAAUGCAUUCUUCUAAGGCAUUUUUAUAAAAGCGACAUAAAUAUCUUAAUUCAACUAAAUCAUAGUCCUGGCUUAAACUAAGCCGUGUCUGUGAAACCAGGCACAUGGCCACAUGGUUUAAAAUUUCGUUUUGGCUAUUAGGAUGUUGCGCAACAGAGCUGAUUAUCUAAGUUUUCCAAAGGGACAGAGAAAUAUGAAGCCAUGUCAACACGCUGAGCAAACUUAUACCACCACUGAAGUUUACACUGAGAAAGAAACCAAGUCAUUAGUCGUACAGUAUACUAAAUUGGAGGCAGUUAUCAGAAUAUCUGUGUACUUUUGGCCUUAUUUAACUGCACCCAUCCACGUCUGUCAAAAGCACAAGUGACUCAUGUCAAUGACACAUUACUGUGAGCAAAACAGAACCUGAAAUCAUUACACCACACAAAAAGUUAUUACACGAGCAGUAUGCAUCAGGUAUGAAGAAGUGCUGCAAUAUUUAUUCAAGGGAGGUAAGCGUUGUGGUGCAAGUGGGAAUUCACAUAGUCCAGGGGGGCUACUAUGGGGUGUGAAGUCUUUCUUAGUGUUCGGGGGGGGAUAAUCAUGUUCAAUACAGAGCUGUAGUGAAAGAACAGCCUGCUUUGGUAACUUUACUGAAAGAGGACUGCAAAAUGGAUUUGGUAAUCAUUCAGUAACAUUUUUUCAUAAGGGCUAGAGCGAAUGAUACUUUCUUUAAAACUGCAUCCUGAGUGGUCGUCUUUAAACGGGCGCAACAAUGGCUCUUGAUGUAGUACUGAUUCUCACAGGGAGAGGGAGACAAAGCUGAUUUACUGUGAUGCUCUUUCACACUGUCAGUUUAUCAAAAGAUCAUAAUUUACUCAAUUUGUUUCAUGAUUACAUGCAUGAUACAUUUCUGUCCAGUAAUCGGCAUGUCUGAAAAUAAGAGAAUAGUAUAACAAGUGUUUUUAAGUGUUUUUUUCCUGCACAUUUUUUUAGGCAUGGCUUUAUUUUGCAUGUAUAAUAAAGACAUUAUUGGGAAGUGACACUGUUUGUGGCUCAUGUCCAGUCGACAGUCCUG